ACAGGGGUGUGUCUGAACGUCAUUACGUAAAUAAGAGACGCAUGGUUAGCCCCGCCCCCAGUGUUUUCCUUCCGGAAACAGACGUCCUGAUGAAGGCAGCAGUGAGGUAGCGGCUGCGGCUCUACACGGUUCAUGGUCGGCAGUCACCUCUGACUCGUAGCUCACUUCGGCUCGAGUCGGGAACCCCGCUGAAGUCGGUUUGGCUCGUUGCUUUCAUUUCUCUUUAGCUCGGCGGCUAACAUCAUGGCGGCCACGGAUCCACGUUUCUCGAGUAACGGCGGGCCGGCCAGUAGAGGAGGAUUCCCUGCGGGGGAGAGCAGCAGCGACCGCGACGGCCCGGGCGGCAGCAGCAGCGGCGGCGGAGAGAGCGAGCGUGAUCGGGCCACCUUCGAGUGCAACAUCUGCUUGGACACUGCCAGGGACGCGGUCAUCAGUAUGUGCGGCCACUUAUUCUGCUGGCCCUGCCUUCAUCAAUGGUUGGAGACGCGGCCCAGCAGGCAACAGUGUCCCGUCUGCAAGGCGGGCAUUAGCAGGGAGAAAGUCAUCCCGCUGUACGGCAGAGGGAGCUCCAGCCAGGAGGACCCCAGGUUGAAAACUCCGCCUCGGCCUCAGGGACAGAGAACCGAGCCUGAAAGCAGAGGAGGGAUGUUCCCCGGUUUUGGAGAAACGGGCUUCCACAUGUCUUUCGGGAUCGGAGCGUUCCCCUUCGGCUUUUUCACCACAGUCUUCAACGCCAACGACCCCUUCCACAGAGCAGACCAGUAUGUAGGGGAUCACCAAGCCAACGGUAACCUUAACAACGGCAACAACAACAACAACUGGCAGGACUCCCUCUUCCUGUUCGUCGCCAUCAUCUUCUUCUUCUGGCUACUUAGCGUCUGAUGACGAUGACAAUAUAAAAAUAAAGACAAGACUGGAGACACUAGCGCGCGCACACACACACACGAUUUUCAUUAUAUAACCUGUGAAAAAGCUGCUGAGAGUCAAGAAAUACAGGUUUUCUUCCCGACACACACUGACACACACCUGCUGUGUUAACACUGUAAAAACACAAAACCUUACCAAGUAUUUUUGUCUAGUUUCUAAUGCACAUAUCUUAGCACACUUGAAAGAGGACAAAAUAACUUAUAAGCAACUUUUCAGCAAGACAUAGGAGCUUGAUUUAAGUAAAUAGUUCCUUGAUAGUGAUGAAGUAAGAGUUGUAGUAGCAGAUUAUUUAAUUUAUUACAUGUCUAUCUGAAAUAAUCUGCCAGUGGAACAAAAUAUUUUACACACACAGCAUAAAACAAAGCUUAGAAUAUGGGAAAUAUUAAAAUUAAACCAAAAACAUUUGGUAACAUUUUGUGUUCUGACUUGCACUGUAAAAACACAAUCUUACCAACUAUUUCUGGUCCACUUUUUAGUGCUAAUAUAUUUAUACACUUGAAACAAAACACAACUAACAAGUAACUUUUUUUGCACAAGAUCUUGUUUUAAGUGAAUAAUUUCUUAAUAUUUCUGGAAAAGUGCAACUUCCUCUGUCAGAUGAUUUCACUUAUAAACUGUAAAAUGUUUUAAGUGAAAUAAUCUGCUUGUGGAAAUUGUUCUUUGUUAGUAUUUAGGAAUUGAUAUAAAACAAGCUCCCAUUCCUUCCUAAAAAGUUACUUUAACUUAGUUUUGUUUUACUUCAAGUGUACUGAGAUAUUUGCUGUAUAAACUGAACAAUAAAUACUUGGUGAUAUUUUGUGUUUUUGCAGUGAAUGUUGUUUAUGCAACAAACUAAAUCACAAUCCAGAGCAGGAGUCGGCAACCUUGCUGUUUUUUUUUUGUGUUGUUGUUGUUUUUAAACUUUGCUCUUUACCAUUUCUGGUGAAAGCAAGAGCCACCGGUUGCUGAUCUCUGACCUCUGACCUCCAAUAAUCUAGGGCCUCCUCUGUAGUUGUCGGCACAGAGUUUAGUGACAGUAUUAAAAGUUUUUAGCCGAUGGAGCAGAAACAGCCAGGAUGGGUAAACCGUCCUCCUGGUUUCUAUAUUCAGUAUCCGUAAGGUGGAAGAAACGGCGGUCGGUUUAUUUACGUUUGUCUUAAACUGCCAUUACACUGUGAGGUCACCUGUGGACGGAGCUGUCCUUAACGUCUGGUGUCUUUCUGUUUAUGUUUUUUUUCCCAGAAUGCAACACAAUUUUAUUUCAGAAUGGAUCCAUUGAAAUCUUAAAGGUGCCACUCACAGGACUUUUGCAGAAUAAAUGAGUCCUUUGGACUUUUCCCCCCUGAAAUGGAGCGAUGAUGAAACACUUAUGUCACAGUUGACUUGUUUUGUUGUAUCUAUGUGUGUGUAUACAUAAUAUAUUUGUAUAUAUGAAUAUUGUAAAUGCAUUGUCUGUGUUUCUGACUCGCGGAGCUACAGACGAUUGCUGAGACGUGAACGUCUUAUGAUUCUGUUUAUCAUUAAAACAAAAAAACAGACCUUCCCUAUUGAUGUGAAUGAUAAAUGAAGUUUCCCUUUUUCCUGGACAAAUAACUGACAAAAUGUAUUUAAAAAAAAAAAAAGCCCAAUCUUUAUAGUGAUAAUUUUUUUCCAACCAAUACCAAUGUUUUAAAGGUGCUUCAGGUUUAAUUUUUUUUUUAAAUUCAAAUUAAAUACUUUAUUUACCCCACAGGGAAAUUAAGUAAGCUUGGGUAAUGAAGCAGAAUAUUAUCUUACAAAUAAAAUCUUACCAAUUAUCUUUGGUCCAGUUUCUAGAGUAAAUAGUUUGGUAUGUUUGAAAUGAAACUAACUUUCAAGUAACAUCUCAGCAAAAUAUGAGUUUGUUUUUAGUCAAUAAUUCAUUAACAUUGAUUUUAAAAACAGUUCUAGUUUCACUGGCAAAUUAUUUCACCCAUUAUGAGGUGUUUCCAUCUGUUAUAAGUUAAAUAAUGUGCCAGUGGAGCCUGUUCGCUGUGUUGAGUCAAAAUCAACUGCCGUUGCACCGUUACCUAGCAACCCCAGCAGAGGACUGCCCAUUGCCUAGCAACCCAAGGGGAGUUCCAGGAAGUUCCUGCUUCAAACAAACAAUUUUGCUAAAGUUACUUGUAAAGUUUUGUCUUAUUUCAAGUGUAGUACAACAUUUGAACUAGAAACUAGACAAUCUUGGUGAGAUUUUGUGAUUUUGCAGUGUAAACCUUUGUCUGACUUUAAUUAAACUCAAAAAAGUCAGAGUUCUGAGUUUCAGUGGACUUAAUAGUAUUAAUAUUUGACCUGCUGAUUAAGGGAAUAAAUUGGCCAACCUGAUGGUGCGUCUCUAGUUGCAGUUUUCUAACCUGUUGGCUCUGGAGAUUGUGUUUAAACCAUGAAUCAAGUCUUCUACGUUCCCACCAGCGUCAGAAAAGAAACUGAAGGUCAUCUGAAGGACAGGCUGUCCACCGCCACCGGGGCUCGUUCUUGUCUUAUGUAUUUGUCUGUCGGAGCGACUCUUUGUACUGAGGGGCUAAUGUGACACUAAAACAGGUGACUGAGGUCUCAAUGCAAAUGGAGACUGUUGUGGAAAAACCAAAUGUUCUUGGAGAUUAAAGUUGAUUUAAAAUGUU